ACCGGCGCAAUCACGCACGGAGCGUUAGUGUACGGCGGGGUCGGUGGCCCCGGGCUGUGUCCGCCGCGGGGCCCCGACCUCCCGCCGCUGGAGCUGGGCUUCCGCUCGUCGUGGCGCGAGGACGAGCUGCUGCCGUCCACGCCGGCGAGCCAGGCCGCGUCCACGCAGAGCGGCUCCUCGGCCACCGACAAGGGGCAGAACGUGGAGUGCGUCGUCUGCGGGGACAAGUCCUCGGGCAAGCACUACGGCCAGUUCACGUGCGAAGGCUGCAAAUCCUUCUUCAAGCGGUCAGUGCGGCGGAACCUGACGUACUCCUGCCGAGGGAACCGCAACUGUCCCAUCGACCAGCACCACCGCAAUCAGUGCCAGUACUGCCGGCUCAGGAAAUGCCUCAAGAUGGGCAUGCGGAGAGAAGCCGUGCAAAGAGGUCGAGUGCCCCCAUCGCAACCUCCAGGGUUGUCGCUACCCGGCCAGUUCGCUUUAACAAAUGGCGACCCGGCCGGCGGGCUGAACAGCCACCCCUACCUCACCUCCUACAUCUCCUUACUACUGAGAGCCGAGCCCUACCCCACGUCGCGCUACGGCCAGUGCGUGCAGCCCACCAACGUCAUGGGCAUCGACAACAUCUGCGAACUCGCCGCUAGACUGCUAUUCUCCGCAGUAGAAUGGGCGAGAAACAUCCCUUUCUUCCCUGAACUGCAAGUCACGGAUCAAGUAGCCUUACUCCGGCUAGUGUGGUCGGAACUGUUCGUGCUCAAUGCAUCCCAGUGCUCGAUGCCGCUGCACGUGGCUCCCUUGCUGGCGGCCGCGGGGCUCCACGCGUCCCCCAUGGCUGCCGACCGAGUGGUCGCCUUCAUGGACCACAUACGCAUCUUCCAAGAGCAGGUGGAGAAGCUCAAGGCGCUGCACGUCGACUCCGCCGAGUACUCCUGUCUGAAGGCGAUCGUCCUCUUCACGACAGGUAAAAUUUUGGAUAGUCUGUUUGGGGAGGCGCGGUUACUGCUUUACAGGGUGGCCGGGGCGGGCGCGGCGGUGGUUGCAUACGCAGACCUCGUGUCCUUGGUCAGAACUCACCUAGAUGCUUAUACAGAGGCGUCUCGUGUGCAGCCGCCGCCGCCGCCGUCAGCCGCUUCUUCAGGGUACUAUUCGACAUUAGACGCGUCGCUCGGUCUCAACUCGUCCCUGGGUUACGGCAGCUUCCUGUCUCCCUCCCGCCUGCCGCCGGGGUACACCAGUAGCCCCAGGGCUCCCGAGCCCUCGACGUCUUCGUUCAAGGUGUGGGACAGGAGGGGGCCGCUGCGGCCGGAUCAGGGCGGCGCGUGACGUCACGCGGGUGUUGAUGAUGCGAUCGUCUCUUGUUUCUCCACCGUUGCGUGGUGGUCUAUAGACUAGCGAUAGCUAGUGAAUAGGCGCAAUAACUCUCGCUCUCCCUACUUGGUCGGACCAAAAGCGGAGAGUUUGCGACUUAUUGUUGCCGAAUGCGUAAUUGAAUCGAGUUCGACUAUUUAUUACACGUUUUGUGAUAUUGAUUAGUGUACGUAGGCUAGGCAAACAAUUCGUUUCGUUGAAUGUGAUACAUAGGUAUUUAGGUCGUCUUUAAUUUAUUUAUUCGUGUAAAUAUUAUUAAUUUAUUAAUUUGAAUACAGUCGCGUAAUAUUAUUAACUAACCACUUUUGUUUUAUUGUUCUAACAUCAUUCUAAAUUAUUUCCUUUAGUUAUAGAUAUAUUUAUGUACCUAUAUUUUCAUAUUAUUUUAUGCAGAUUGUACUAACUACCCAUCUGCUUACAUUAAAGGUAUAUAUGCACUUACAAAACUAAACCUUAUCUAUAAAAGUUACACCUAAUGACAAUAAAGUUAACCGCAUCAAAUGCACAACCGCUCAGCUAAUAUAGUAAAGGUGUAUUCACACUCAACUCGUCAGCGAAGUCCGUCGAUAAUCGCGGCCGCUGACAGCAUCCGGCGUCCGACACUCACGUGUGAACGCGCCUUUACACCGCCAAGUUAGGACUUAUAGUUGGAGAUAAGGCCUAAUGCAGGGAGGUAAUAUGUAGAUAUACCGAGUUUGUAAACAGUCGCGAUGGCCUAUCGGGCUGCGACAUUUUGACUUACUUAUAAAUAAUCGGGUAUUUAAAGUGCGUAAGUAAAAAAUCAAAUAGUGUAUUUUAUAACGGCUAGGUCUUUU